UUGAAAGUUGAUUGCAAAGAGAAGCUCUUUCUCAUUCUUUUGUUCUUUUUUGAAGUGUUUUCGAAGAUAAAUCUACAUUUAUCAUGUUAUUCAAUGAGGAAAUGAUCAGGAAAAUGCUCCCUAGGGCAUAUCUGCGAAAACAUGUGGCUCAUCAAAUGUACGUCUCCUUGACUUACUUCACAAACCUCGUGCCUGAGAUGGCUGAGUACGUGUACAAAGACGGAACCGCAAAAAGCUUGAUGAGCCUUACGGGAACCAUUCCUGUGGUGUUUUCAGGCAAGACCUACAACAUCCCCAUAUGUGUUUGGAUUCAGCAAAACUACCCCAAUUCUCCACCGAUAUGUUAUGUGAAGCCCACACGUGAAAUGACUGUUGUCAAAGGAAAGUACAUAGCCAGUGAUGGUGAGGUCACAAUACCUUACUUGAAAGAUUGGAAGAAGGGUGAAUGUGACUUAUUUAGCCUACUGCAGGUGAUGGCUAUCUUGUUUGGGGAGGUUCCUCCAUUAAUGCGUUCCAAUCCAGAACCUGAGCAAGCCUCAUGUUCGCUGCAGUUCCAUAAAGAAGCAGAUGGGAGAUAUUGCAUAUCUUUACUCAGAGGAGAUGGCCAACCUUUCCAGCAUGAAAAUGAAACCAGUUGUUAGUGUGUUUGUGUAUAUUUGUACAAUUUGUGUAAAAAAAAAAAAAAAGGUGUUUUACUCUAUGAAAAGAUAGGCUUAAAAUGCAUGUAUAGCCCACUAACUGAAAAUCAAAACCAAAACAGCACAAUGUACGUUGUUGUCUGCUAAUAGUUUACGUAUAAACAUUAGGACAGUCUUUAGCUAGGUCUUGUGGAAAUGACUUGUCUGUCGGUCUUCUAGUUCCUUCUAUCCACUAUUUUCACACUGCCUUGAAUUACUUUACAACUAGCCUAUAAAAUACCUUGUUUGCACUGACUGGUGAUUUUACAUGGACCUUUGAACAGAAAAGUCACAUACAACCAAAUACAGCUCACGCAUGUAAAUGUGCUUAUUUUAAUUGCAAAAAUGUUUUGAGAGAAUAAAAAAAUAGAACUGCUCAAGCUGAUAAGUUUUUUUUUUUUUUUGUCUUUACUAUUGUUGAAGUUACUUUGCUUGAAAUGUUUGGAACUUUUAACCACAACUUUUCAAAGACAUAAUAAGGAUUAUUUCUUUUCUUGGUGUAAAUAAAA